GGAAUUGUGGGUUUGGUGUCCAUCUCCUUGAAGUCGAUCGGUAGGGAAGAGGAGUGAUGAAGCGAUGUAGAUCAAGCGCUGGGAGAACCGCAGUCGCUGUUAUCCUUAACUCACCAGACACACAAUCCCCAGAGAAAGUGGCUACGCUGACAGGCGACGACGCCACUCCAUCGAAUGUCACAUUGGAGGUGGCUUCAACUGAGAGCGGCGAAGGAUUGAAGCCCCUACUAUCGACGGAAGUGCUUUUAGUGAUUGGCAAAUCGUUUGUGGAGGUAAUUAUAUCUGCCAGUGAGGGAUUGCCAACCGCUCAACGUCCAGCGGGAGCAGAGGAGGCCGAGGAGGAAGUAUUGAUCGACAAAGAGAUGCGUGCGAACGAAUCAGGGCUUGGCCAGCCGGCUAAUGAUAUAGCAGGGGCUGCGCCCUCGAUGGGGGAAAGGGAAAGGGAAGGGGUAUCCCCGGGAAAGCUGGUUGCACAAAAGGAGGUCGUUGAGGCGGAGCGAUGCGCCGAUGUAGAUCGAUCGUGGGGAGAACCACAGUCGCUGUCAUCCCCAACUCGAAACACAACGGAUGUACAAUUCCUGGAGAAAGUGGCUGCGCUGACAGGUGGCGACGCCAUUCCAUCAGAUACCACGUUGGAGGUGGCUUCAACUGAGAGUGGCGAAGGAUUGAAGCCCCUAUCAUCGACGGAAGUGGUUGCAGUGAUUGGCAAAUCAUUUGUGGAGGUAAUUAUAUAUACCAGUGUGGAAUCGCCAACCGCUCAACAUCCAGCGACAGCAGAGGAGGCUGAUGAGGAAGUAUCGAUUGACGAAGAGGUGCGUGCGAACGAAUCAAGGCUUGGACAGGCUGCUAAUGGUGUGCAAGAGAGUGAGAAGUAGGGGCAAUCUCUCCGUCACGUCCUGCAUGUGAGGUCGGGGAAUCUCACCCGCCAUUGUUAGAUCCUAUGAACGGCGAGGGAGGCGAUGACGCUCCUAUGACCGCCAUAGACGUGGGGACUAUCGAAGAGCAGGACAACGA